AUGGAUAUCGAUUUGGAGAAUUUGGGAGGAUGGGAGGAUGUUUUCAGGAGAUAUCCAGUCCAGGACGUCGUACAGAUCGAGCGUGCGUUACGGGAACGGGUGCAGAGUAAGAAGAAGGAGUUGUUGGAUCUGGUCAAUGAUUCAUACCGUGAUCUACUCUCGACAACCGACACCCUCUCCACCCUCCGCGAGUCGUGUACGCAAUUGAACGCAAAGGUCUCCGAUGCAUUGUCGGUAUCGGAUUAUGACACCCUCCAGCGCCUCGCACGCGCCCAAUCCGCCUGGGAAAUCGAGAAAAACGCAAAAGUCGCAGAAAAGCACUCCCUAGCCGCCCGCCUCUCCCUCCUCAAAUCCAUCCCUUCCGCAAUCCGGUCACUACUCUCCACCAACCUCCUCGCAGCAACAAAACUAUUCCUCCUCUCCCGCUCCAUCCUCAAAUCCCUCCCCACAACCCCCUCACCCUUACCCUACAUCUCCACCCUCGACACCCGAAUCUCCACCCUCCGUCCCCUCAUCGCCCGCAAAAUCGACAACGUACUCGCCGCGGAGGGGGUAGAAACAGGGGUCUUAGUCAACGCCCUAGCUGCGUUUGCGGUGUUGCAUGCGGCGGGACAGGGAGAUGUGUUACAGCAUUUUUUGUCUGUGCGGCUUGACAGUGCCCGCGAACUCCUCUCCUCCGCUCCGAGCACAGAGGAGUUAUUGAAAGCUGUGGGGGUGUAUACCACAUCCCUCCACGCCAUCACCACCAUCUUCCCGACCCUCCUCUCCCCCACCCCAACCCUCACCGGCCCCGCCCUCCUCGCAUUAAGCCAACUCGGGCUCGACAAACUCACCCACUGGCUAUCCGAAGAUAUCCGCCACUUCACGCCAUGGACACCAUCCGAACCGCUAUUGUCAACCACGAUCUCGGAAUACCGGAAGGCGUUCAUUAGCGAGAUUCUUGAUGUUAUUGGGAGGGGGGCACGGGUUGUUUUGGGUGGGGUUGGGGGUGUGGAGGGGGUGCGGGGGUUGAGGAAUGAGGUAUUGAAGGUCAUCACGCAGACGACCACCAGCAACGGCAGCGGGCGUAAGCGAAGGGGAAGGGGGAAUGGGGAGAAUAUCGACGUAUGGCGGAAAAGCAUCGCUGGCGCCGUACGCGAGCGGGUGAAGGAAUUACUGGAACAGGACGCGAACUCCCUCGCGGGGUGUAUCCACACCAUCCGCCCUGCUUCGGGUAAAGUCGAACUAUGGUCAGACGAACUAACAUCCCUCCCUUCCACCAAAGGCGCCAAGAACUUCCUCUCCCAAAUCAGAGACCGGACACGAGCCCAGACAUCCUCAAACGCCGCAUUCUUCGCUUCGUGGACUGUGGCCACAACCCGAAUCCAUUCCGAUUCUUCUACCCUGGAGACUUGGGUUAAGCUUUUAGGGGAUGGGGAGGAAGAGGGGGAGGUUGUGGAGGUGUUUGGGUUGGAUGCGGAGAGGGAUGAACUUCGAGAAUAUCAGAGGGGGGUCGUGGAAGAAGGUUACGCAGCCGUAUUCUCCGCUUUAGAACAUGUCGUGGAUGAGGACGGUGGAAUGCAGGCGGCGCGAGCGGCGGGGUUGGUCAGGAUCGUGCGGCACGUCCGCGAAACAUCUCCACUCGAUAAGACGAAGGGAGAGGAGGUGUUGAGGCGCUUGGAGGCGCUGUUCGCUGAUGCCGUCACCAUACGCGCGACGGAAGUCCUAGCCGCGCAUACCCUGCCCCAAAACUGGACCGAGGAACUACCUGAACUGAGAUUGUUCAACGACACCGCGCACCCAACACAACCUACACUAGGAACCUACCGUACAGCACUGACGUUAGCGGAGGAAGUGUAUGGGUAUGGAGUACAUAUGCUUACGGGGGAGGUUUUGGGGGUGGUUAGAGCGAGGGCGGGGGAGCGGUGGGUUAGGAUGUGGAGGGGGUUGGUGAGUGCGUUGGAGGAGAGGGGGGUUGGGGUUGGGGCGGGUGGGGGACGGGGUGAGCAGGGUAGUUCGGCUGCAGACACGGAGACAAAGUCCAACGACGCGCCAAACGGCACCACCACCACAGAUGUAUCUGCGAAACUCGCCGCUCAACUUCACUUCGACAUCCUCUUCCUCGCCACUGUUCUGAAUGACGCCGAAAACGGCAGUCACCUCUCAGCGGUCGCGGAGGAGGUACGUGAGGAGUUUGGGGUGGAGGAUGGACAGGAGGUCAGGGAUGCGGUUGAGGCGUAUCGCAGGAGGGUUGUGGUGUUGGUUUAGGUGGGAAACAUGGUACUGCUGCGAGGGAGGGAGGGAGGGAGUAUAUCCUACUGUGGAAGUCCCUACGUAUUGACCGGAUCCGGUGCAGGAACAGCGUGGGAAACAGAUGACGUACACGGUGUCCAGGUUACGGGAGCUACAAAUGGAGAUAAAGAUGACUUAAUCAGACUAUAAAAGGCAAGCGUUGACCCACCU